AUGACGAUCCGCGCGGCAGCUGGACGCUUGGAGGGCAAGGUGGCUAUUGUCACGGGUGCCGGGUCAGGGUUCGGAUAUGGCAUUGCCUCCAAGUUCGUGGAGGAGGGCGCCAAGGUGGUCAUCGCCGAACUGUCCAAAGAGGCCGGUGAAAAAGCCGCCGCGCAACUAAACGGGACGUUCGUUUCCACGGACGUGACGAAACGGGAAUCUUGGGAGGCGUUGCUGCAAGCCACGCUCGACGCCUACGGCAAACUAGACAUCAUCGUCAAUAAUGCGGGCGCCACGUACAGCAAUAAACCCACGGCGGAUGUCACCGAUGCGGACUUUGAUAAGGUCAUGUCUGUCAAUGUCAAGUCGAUCUACUUGUCCUCCGAUGUUAUCGUCCCUUAUUUCAUUCAGAACAACCGGCCUGGUUCCUUCGUCCAGAUCUCUUCUACGGCUGCUCUGCGUCCUCGUCCCGGCUUGACAUGGUACAAUGCCUCCAAGGCGGCGGUGUGCACCGCCAACAAGUCUAUGGCCGUUGAGUAUGGACCCAAGAAGAUCCGGUUCAACUGCGUUUGCCCUGUUGUAGGGAGUACUGGAAUGACGCACUUGUUCCUAGGCAAGCCGGACACGGAGGAAAACCGAGCGGCGUUCGUGUCAACCGUGCCGUUGGGCCGUCCCAGCACUCCGGCCGACGUGGCCAAUGCCUGCAGCUUUUUGGCCAGCGACGAGGCCGACUUCAUUACGGGUGUGAAUUUCGAGGUGGACGGUGGACGUUGCGUCUAG